CCACGAGUCGCAUCACCCACCAGCCCUUUCACGGGCAUCGCCGCAAACAUGCUCAUCAUCAAGCCAUCGUGGCUGAGCCACAGCGGCGAACAAAAAGACUUUGAAGUAUACAGCUGCCACGUCUCGCCAGACGGCAAGCGUCUUGCCACAGCGGGCGGCGACGGCCAUGUGCGCAUCUGGUCUACCGAGGCCAUCUACAACGCAAACGAUGCCAGCUACACAAAGCCCCGACAGCUUUGCCACAUGAGCCAUCAUCUAGGAACCAUCCACUCUGUCCGAUUCUCCCCCAAUGGCCGAUACCUCGCCAGUGGCGCCGACGACAAGCUCAUCUGCGUCUACCACCUCGACAAGGGACCACCCCCGGCCACCUUUGGCAGCGACGAGCCACCACCUGUAGAGAACUGGAAGACGUACAAGCGCUUAAUUGGUCACGACAAUGAUGUGCAAGAUUUAGCGUGGUCGCACGACUCUUCCAUCCUCGUCUCUGUUGGCUUGGACUCCAAGGUUGUCGUUUGGUCUGGCUAUACCUUUGAAAAGCUCAAGUCUAUUCCGGCGCAUCAAUCGCAUGUUAAGGGAAUCACCUUUGAUCCUGCCAACAAGUUCUUUGCCACCGCUAGCGACGACCGAACUAUCAAGAUCUUCCGCUUCACCUCGCCCGUACCGAACGCGACGCAGCAUGACAUGGUCAACAAUUUUGUUCUCGACACAACCAUCAGCUCUCCGUUUAAAAGCUCCCCGCUUACAACAUACUUCCGCCGCUGCUCUUGGUCCCCGGAUGGUAAUCACAUUGCCGCCGCCAAUGCAGUCAAUGGCCCCGUCAGCUCCGUCGCCAUUAUCGAGCGUACGCGCUGGGAUAGCGACAUCAAUUUGAUUGGCCACGAAGCGCCUACCGAAGUAUGCAUGUUUUCUCCUCGACUUUUCCAUACAGUAAAGCCUGGCACUAGAGAAGAAGGCGAGCCGGAUAAUGACCAGCUCGUCACUGUCAUUGCUGCUGCUGGUCAGGACAAGACGCUCAGUAUUUGGAACACAAACACGUCCAGACCUGUUGUUAUUAUGCAGGAUCUUGCUGGAAAAUCCAUUUCAGAUCUGGCAUGGACCCCAGAGGGCCAGACCCUUUUUGCUUGUAGUUUGGACGGCACUAUUGUUGUAGUGCAAUUCAAAGAGGGCGAGCUCGGUUGGGUGGCCAAGGAGGAAGAAAACGAUAGGGCUCUGCAAAAGUAUGGAGCUUCACGAAAGGGCAUGGGCAUUGCCGAAGAUGUCGAUAGCUUGAUGCUCGAAAACUAUAGUAAAGCAGAUGACGAAAAGGCUGUGCAAUCGAGGAUGGGUGCACUAAUGGGCGAUGCCCCUGGGUCGACAGCACCAGCGACACCCGACACAAACGGCGACAAAGCUGAUGAUGGGGCGGACAAGGCUGCUACUACAAACGGUGAUGGUAAAGUCACUGAGGCCGAAGACAAGUUGGCAGAACGUGUCAAAGAACUCAAGUCUAGAGUGACCAUUGGUAAAGAUGGCAAGAAACGCGUCGCGCCUUUGCUCGUUUCGUCGUCUGGAACUACCCAGUCAUCUUUGCCCCAAACUCAGCUUAUUGGCUCAACUGCAACCAAGGCAGCGCAAAACGACGCACCGCAAACUAUGCUCGACCUAUCACGACCUUUUGAUGGACUUCCGAAAGGUGGCAUCGCAUCCAUGCUUCUUGGCAACAAGCGUAAAGCUGUGGUUUCGGAGGUAGAGGACGAGGAUGAAGGACUUGCCAAGCGAACCUCUGGAGGCCCAACUGCCAUUGUCACCAACGGCCCAGACGGUGUCGAGCCCGCAGCCCUUACACCAAUUGAAACCGGAGUCAUCCCAACGCCCGAAUUCAUCCGCCCAGCCGUCCUGAAUCCUGCGAUAUCUGUUUCUCAGGUCAGACUAGCAGUGCCAAAGAUUCGAUCGCAUAUUCUCAGACCACUUGAGCGAGGCGUCUUGCAGCCAGAUACAACGCUGGAUGACGCUACCAAGGGAGCUGAGAAUUUGAUUCUGGAGGCCAAGAAUGAUGCCAACCCCCGUGAUCCGGCUCAUAUAUAUGUCACCAAGCGUGGUGCUUUAGUUUGGCAGGAAUUUCUACCUCGUGCUGUCAUUCUCGUCACAGCUAACAAGCAAUUUUGGGUUGCUGCAUGUGAGGAUGGCUCCAUUCACGUCUGGACACCAGCAGGUCGUCGCCUACUCAGCCCAAUCAUUUUAGAGUCACAACCGGUUAUUCUAGAAUGCCGAGACUCGUGGUUACUUUGCAUCACUACCGUUGGAUUGGCACACGUCUGGGACCUCAAAACACUUCGCUCUCCCCACCCACCCGUCUCGCUGGGCCCAAUUCUUGACGUUGCAACUACAUCUCUAGGCCAGCAUACUGCAUCUCCAGGACCAGGAGUGACGUCUGCUCACCUUAACACAACCGGCCACAUUGUGGUUACCCUGACGAAUGGAGAUGGCUACUACUAUUCUCGAGAUAUGUUUACGUGGCAGCGUCUUAGUGAGGCAUGGUGGGCUGUUGGAUCACAAUAUUGGAAUUCGAAUGACUCGUCCAUAUCUGCACUGCAAUCCACCGCUGUUGGCCCAACCUCUACUGACAAGGACAAGAAUGCGCCGGCUGUCGAUGUUUCCUCUGGAAUCAUUCCCUUCUUGGAGCGACAUACCACCAACGAGUUUCUUCUCAAGGGACGUGCUUAUGCGCUGCAGCGAAUCAUCAAGACCGUUAUUCAAAGAAGAGAAGGAGAGGAUUUGGAAAGCUGCGUCAGCAUUGCUCACUUGGAGAAUCGUAUUGCCGGCGCGUUACAGCUGGGUGCGCGUGACGAGUUUAAAGCAUAUCUCUACAUGUAUGCCAAACGGCUGGGAGCUGAAGGUGCUCGGGGCAAGGUAGAAGAGUUGUUGAACAGCUUGAUGGGCGGCAUCCUGGUAGAAGAGACGGACGACACAACUGACACCAACGGCCGAGGCUGGUAUGGCACUGGCAAAGAGGUCUGUGGCUGCGAUAGAAAGGAGCUCUUGAAGGGCGUCGUCUUGAUUCUUGGCAAAUACCGUGAACUGCAGCGCCUUACUGGACAAUACGCUAAGCUCCUCGGCUUUGAGUUGGACGCGUCGCUUGCAAGCAACGAUUCUAUGGAAGUCGAGGCCUAGUAGGCAAGACGAUUCCAUCUGUGUAGUAAAAGAUAUGAGCUGUUUAUUUAGUGAGAACACUAUGGUUGGUGUUUCGGAGGUGCUGUUUGGCGUUUGGGGGUAUCUCAUUUGGAUAAGGGUACAUGGCUGGCGAAAGAGUAGACUCAGGUAUCUACAGCUUGAUAGACUCCUGGCUACUUGCAAAAUAUUCAUCAUUUGUUUACAUGAAUCUCAUUAAUUAAUUGAAGGUGUUCCAAGAGCAAUGCGUGUUUAUCGAUAUUCACCCAGUGU